AACCUUGUAUCGUAUGUCAUAGACCUCCAUCUCGUCGUUUUCAUGCUUCUACGGUACCGUGAAGAUGUGAUCGUGGACACGCCGAUUUGACUUGGAAUAUGCACCACCCGUCUCGAUCUCCUCUAGAAGGAGAUUGAAAUGCAAGGCAAGAACUCGACCCGAAGUUUCAUACACUGCUCCAGACUUGUUCUUAUCGGCCCUGUGGACAAUGGCCACCGUACUCGAAUAUGCCGCACUCCGGAACUCAGCGAUUCAGUGUCCCCAGCAACAAUAUGCCUUCAUCAAGAUCGCCGAGAGAUUGCCGUGCUCAAAUCGGUUCGUACCUGACCAACUCGUCCAAGCUCCGAUUUGCCACAGCUUCUAUCAACAAGCGUCGGAGCGUUGCAUCUCCCUCGACCAACAAAUCUGCUUCAUCAUAUCUUAAAUCUUGAUUGAGAAAAGAACGGUGGAGUAUGAUCCGCAUGAGCAGAUCGCCCAGAACGCGGUCUUGCGGCACGCUCUCAGACCAUUUUCAAGCAUUUGUUUUGCCAGUCGUGUCAAAGAAGCUGUCGGCGACCAUAUCCACGCCGAUUGUGAAAGACAUAGUUGUGUGUGAGGAAAGGUACAGAAGUUUCUGAUGAGUCGACGGUGAACGGAGAUGAAGCCUUUCGUUCCUGUGCUGUUGAAGUGACUGUCGAAG